AUGGUCAAUUUUUUGUCGAAAUCCUUCGCGACUUUGGACAGAAAGGACCAUAUCUUUGCAGCAGGUGUUUUGGCCAUAUUCUACGCGUUUUGCGGGGGACAAUCGCACGUGUUCUGUGAGAUUCUUCUCGGCGCAAUUCCGGCUGCUUUCACCUAUAAAGUUUUGUUAUGUCAAGAUGAGCUGCAGAAAGGAUAUCGUUCACUUCUUUUCUUUUGGGUCAUGCAUGGUCUUUUCUCUUCGUCCGUCCAUUUCUUCAAUCCAACUUCUUCAUUUUUCUUCCUCAAAUACGCCACUCUUGGGCUUUUCUUCUUAUCAGCGCUCAACGAAAAUAAAGAGGUUUUACAAACAUUCGACAUCGCCUUUCCACAAUUAAACGAAGAAGGAUUGACAAAAGAGAAACGAGCAAAAAGUGCUUUUGUCGACACAACCGAAUGCACGCAAAUGCCUACAAAGCAUCAAAACGAUGUUCCCCAGCCGCUUCUCAACGAAACGAUGAUCACCACUUCGACGGCUCUUGAUUCCCCAUCGAUGCACUUUCAACAAGCUGAACAUUUCAAUUUGCAGCCAAUUUAUCCAUUCCAACCAGCACCCAAUAAUUAUGCUCUCACUUCUCCGCCACCUUUCUGGUCCUACAAUCAACAAGUGGAGCAAUUUGUUGAACAGGAAUCUGCUAGCUAUUUGAAUUUACGCCCGAUAAUCGAUGAAAAAUCGUAUGAUGAACAAAAGACACUUGUUGAGACAAAUGAUGCAGCUAUGGAUCUGAAGGCUGAUUGCAAUGGAGAAGAAAAGGAGGAUGGAGGAAUCAAAAUGAACAUUGACCAACAAACAAAAGGCGACAAAUGGCAACACUCUCGACAUGUGGCUAGUGGCGAUAUCACAAAUCAGAGCAGCUUCUGCACGAUUCCUCUUGGAUACGAUGAUAUAGAUACAAAACCGUCUCGAUUGAUCAAGUUUGUGGGUAGAUCAGUGGGAGCUCAAUCGAACAUUUUUGUCGUCAAUACAUCUCAACAAAACGUUAUGUGGGCUCUCAAGACAAAUGCACUCGAUCGCCUCCAAGCCUCGCCAACUUGCGGAAUCAUUCCCGUUGAAGAGACGACUGAGAUCAAAUUUGCCAUCUCUGAGAGCUGUGAUGAAAUUGUUUCGGGGAGUGAUAAGGUCGCUAUCGACUAUGCAUUCAUUUCUUCAUCGACCACCAGUUUCGACAAGACUCAAUUCGAGAAAAUGAUUCGCCGUCGUCAUUUGAUGCGUGUAUCAUUCGAUGGA